UUGAUCUUUAGGGGCCACUUUCUUCUCGAGCCCCGUGCGUUCGCGAUCACUCCACAGCCGAUAGCGAACCGUGUCCGACUCCCGUACCUGACGUACCUCGUCAGCGCAUUCUUCUAGUUCUAAUCAUGUCCGCCACAAGUAAUGGCGCUGCGGCAACAUCGUCUGCCAACCGUUUUGAGCUUCCAGCUCUGGAUUUCAAAUUUGGCUCCCUAACCGACGGAACUGAUAUUCCGCCGCCGCCCCCCUCGCCUCCAUCCCCUAAGGAAGAGGUACCGUCGCCCAAGGUAGAGGUGCCAUUACGCAAGGAAGAGGUUCCGUCGCCACCGAAGACACCACUCUCGGAAGGGGUCGAGAAGAAGCAGGAAACAAAUGGUGCUGCUAAUGGUCACGGUACAUUCCCUAACAAACCCGAUCUUGACACUAUCACGACCAAUGUCGGCACAAAGCGCCCAGCAGAAGAUGGUCCCGCGUCCCCCGUGCCGUCAAAUCGUGGAAGCCUUAGGCGCCUGCUUAGCAGAACAUUAUUGAACAAUGCUUACGAUGAACAAGGAUCCUUUCUUAGCCCUGGUGCCUCGAGACCUCCGAGCCGGACAGCAAGUACGAUUGCGGAAGAUAAAAAGUCGAAGCGCGCCAGCGGUUGGUUCAAACGGUUACGGUCGAACGACACUGCCAAGAGGGCCAGUCAUAUAUUCGAACACCCGAUCGAGGAACCCAAGAAGCCGGCCGGCCCCCCGCCGCCGAUGAUUCCGGAGCUGAGCGCCCUUAAAACUAAAGUCGAUACUCAUCUCGGCGAUGAUCUAUUUAAGGGAAUCAAAUAGGGAAUUGUUUUGCAACAUAUGAUACCCCAUCUACGGCCGUGCUUUGGUUGCUUGCGUUUGCAUUUCAUGAGCCUUGGAUAUUAACUUCAAAAUAGCCAUCAUUAUUUUACGGCAAAGUAAUUUUUCGACAUUUGGCAUGGAGAUUCUUUCGAGGCGAGCGGAGGAGGCGUUGCUUUUGUAAAAAAGCUUUUUGGAGGGUGGAAUAUUAGAUACCCAGCUCCUGCGCGAGGUCAUUCAUCGACAUACCUUGUCAAUUCUUUCUCCAUCAUUUUAUUUUUACUCGACAUUCUUCUUGUUCUUGUUCU